ACUGCACAACACGAGUUGUUCUUUGGACUCUCACUUACCCGCAGGUCUCUAUCUUAGUGUUCAGCCAUAGACACCAGCAUCGGCCAUGGCCCCAUUUACUCUUGUUGACCUCAUUCUCGCACUAGUCGGACUAUACGUUGUGAAGUCAUUCCUGAACGGAAGAAGGUUUCCGGCUCCUCUUCCUCCUGGACCGAAGGGAAAGCCUUUGAUUGGCAAUCUCAAAGAUUUACCGUCUGUGGGUGAGCAAGAAUGGCUGCACUGGGAUAAGCACAAGUAUCUCUAUGGCCCUAUUAGCUCUGUCACGGUGUCCGGGCAAACGAUGGUCAUUAUUAGCGACAAGCAAAUUGCGUUUGAUCUUAUGGACAAGCGUUCAACGAUAACUUCUUCUCGCCCUGGGAUGGUGUUUGCUGGUGAAAUGGUUGGUUGGGAAAACGCGUUAUCCAGCCUAACGUACUCAGACCGCUUCCGUGCGUACCGCAAGAAUGUUCGUAUGCAUCUGGGUACAAAGCAAGCGGUAUCUCGUCUGAACCUUCUCCAAGACAUCGAAGUCCGUCGCUUCCUCCUCCGUGUGCUCGAAGAACCGGAUAAACUCUUUCACCAUAUUCGGACUGCAGCCGGUGCUAUCAUCUUGAAAAUAACCUACGGCUACACAAUCGAGCCUCGUGGUUCUGAUCCACUUGUUGGCCUUGCAGAUGAAGCACUGAUACAAUUCUGCCUCGCGACUGUCCCGGGAGCCUGGCUUGUUGAUACACUCCCCUUUCUGAGAUACCUCCCUGAUUGGAUCCCGGGUAUGGAUUUCAAGCGUACGGCGGCGCGAUGGAGGAAAACAAUCACAGAAGUCGCUGAGAAGCCCUACGCAUUUGUAAACAAGCAAAUGGCUGAUGGUGCUGCUACCCCUUCGUAUACAUCGAAACUACUCAACAAGGACAACCUCAGUCCGGAGGAACAGUUCGUUGUCAAAUGGUCAGCAGCGUCGCUCUACUCCGGCGGCGCGGAUACAACUGUAUCCUCAAUGAUGACCUUCUUUCUUGCUAUGACUAUGUACCCUGAGGUUCAGCGUAAGGCUCAAGAGCAAAUAGAUUGUGUUAUUGGCAAUGAUCGCCUUCCUGGUUUCAAUGAUCGCGAGGAACUACCAUAUGUCAAUGCGAUCGUGAAGGAAGUUCUACGUUGGCACCCGAUAGUGCCCAUGGGCCUGCCGCAUAUGACCACCGAGGACGAUAUAUACAACGGACACUUCAUCCCGAAGGGAUCGUUGCUCAUGCCUAACAUUUGGGGUUUCAUGCAUGAUCAGAAUACAUAUCAUGAUCCGAUGACCUUCAAACCUGAGCGUUUCCUCGGUGUUGACGGCCGCUCACCAGAAAUGGACCCUCACCAACUUGGUUUUGGUUUUGGUCGACGAGUCUGUCCUGGCCGUGAGCUCGCCGAUUCGUCGCUUUACCUUACAAUUGUCCAGAGUCUUUCGGUAUUUAAUAUUUCAAAGGCUGUUGAGAACGGUAAGGAGGUUGAGCCAGUUGUCGGUUUCACUUCUGGCAUUGUCAGCCAUCCCCUUGAGUACAGGACGUCUGUGAAACCACGCAGUUCGAAAGCAGAGGCGCUCAUCCGCUCUGUUGAGGAGGAGUAUCCCUUCCAGUCGGGCAGUGCAAAGCUUCUCAAUGGAAUCAAGGUAUAG